AUGGCUCCAACCCUGUCCGCAGCCAAUCCCUCAGUCUGGUACCGCCCCGACUACGGCGCCAGACUCAAGCCCUCGACCCGGUUCGUCUACAACAACUGGAGCGAGAUCCCUGACGAGGAACUCCCCACCCACCUCCACAGCAUCCGCAACCGCGCCUGGCCGCUAGGCAACUACCCCUGCAUCGGGAUGUGGAUCUUCCUCCUACCGGGGCUAGCGGGCUUCCCGGAAUUCGACAGCCUCGUCGCCCGGGCGCGCGGCCAAUCCACCUCGGGCUCCUCCAUGAUCCUCGACCUCGGCACGGGCCUCGGCCAAGACCUGCGCCUGCUGGCCGCCCACGGCGUGCCGACCACGCGCAUGGUCGCCGUCGACCGCGAGCCGCGCCUCUGGCAGCUGGGGUACGAGCUGUUCCGGGACGCGAAUCGCAUGCAGGCGCGGUUCAUCGAGGGGGAUUUCCACACCAUGCCGGACGCGGCGCUGGCCCCCGUGCAGGGGAACGUCGAUCUGGUGAUUGCGGCGCAGUUCCUGCAUCUGUUCAGCCGGGCGGGCCAGCAGGCGGCCUGUAAGCGGAUCGCCGCGCUCUCGAGGCCCGGGACCACGGUCGUCGGGUUCCAGCAGGGGCGGCGGCGGCCCGUCGAGUAUGUCCGGCCGUGGGGGGUGACGUUCUACCAGAAUCGGGAGUCUUUCGUGAAGAUGUGGGAGGCGGUGCAGGCGGAGACGGGGACGCGGUGGGAGGUCGUGGUCAGGGAGGUCGAGUUGGAGGAGUGGGGGAUGGAGGCGGAGGAUGUCGCGUGGAUGGAGGGCGUGAAGUUCGGGAUCGAGUUUGUGAUUACUCGCGUGUCGUAGGUUGGAGGCGGGGUGUUGGGGUUUUGGAUUGGAGAUGCUGCGUCUUGGGCUUGGUCAUAGGGAGUUUUGCUUGGAGGGAUU